GGGUGGAUAAUAGAUAUGGAUGAUAACCUGGUGAUAUGGGUGCCAGAUGAGUAUCGCGAUGCUCUGUUAUGGCGAGGGAUGCUCUUCUUCAUUGGGCGUGAGGCACUCACCAUCGACUUCGCAAACACUUACCACGGGACGGAGUGGGCGAAAUGUUAU